AGCUGUUUUAAGUGACCCAGAGCAAUCCACACGUGCUGAUGUUUACAAGGAAACUCAUGGACUUCUGGGACUUGGUGCAGCACCAAUGCGUUUUAGAAAAAGAACGCUGCAUGAAACAAAAAUAAGGACCAAAUCAGGAUUAACUGAAAAUAUGCUCUCUAACAAGCUACGCUUUGAUAGUAGGAUUAUAUCGAGAAAUGGACGCGAUGCUUGUAGAGAGUUGAUUGGAUUUUUUUUUGCAUGUGACAGAUCCCUUACUGUGUACGAAUUUUGCCACUUUGGAAAAAAUAGAAAAAAUGCCUUGCCUUUCAUUCAGAAGGGAGUUUAUAAACAUCAACGUGGACAAAAGAAGGGAAAAGCAUACAAUCUUAGUGACUUCUAUAUUGGAGCUAACCUAACUUUCCAGAGCGCUGAUCAUAACCUUCCAGAAAGUAUUAAGCAGAACCCAGUUCUCACCCUUCGUGUGAUAAGUAUUGAUGAAGCAGCUAUGGAUUUUCUGAAAGCUUCUUCUAUGGAAUUCAAGCAAGAGUGUUCCAAACAAGUGGUUGAUGACAGCAAAGUUUUCAAGAAGAUUCAAGGUACACUCAGAGACACACUAAGUAAAAGAGGAGUUCGGGUUAUAACAGGCUUAGGAAAGUAUUUCCGACACAUAGACAAGAACAGAAAUGGUUUUCUCUCUCAGGCAGACUUUAAAGAAGCUCUAAAAGUAUUCCAUUUGGAAAUACCUGAAGGGGACUUUGAAUCUUUAUGGCUUAUUCUUGAUGACAGCAAGAGUGAUAAGGUUGACUGUGGAGAAUUUACUCGUGCUGUAUUUGGAGAAAUGAAUGAAUAUCGGAAAGCAUUUGUAAGAAAAGCUUAUAUGAAACUAGAUUUCAACAAAACCGGGAGUGUGCCUAUGGUAGAUAUCACAAAAUGUUACUGUGCAAAGAAACAUCCUCUAGUAUUGGCAGGCAAAGCUACAGAAGAAGAAAUUAAAUCAUCAUUUCUAGAAACAUUAGGAGAGUCCUGCAGCAACCCCAAUGAAGUGUCCUAUUCGGAGUUCGAAGAUUACUAUGAAGGAUUAAGUAUUGGAAUCAUGGAUGAUGAUGAUUUUGUUAAUAUCUUAAGGAACCCUUGGGGAAUUUAGAGUGGAAGACAACAAAAAUGAAGAAGAGACAUUUUCUAAACAAGGCGUGAGCUAUUAAAUAAGGGAGGAUUUAGUCUUGAUGUCCAUUACUUCAUAAUUAGCGUCUUAAACUGAUUUCAGGGACUGAAAAUCUUAGAUGCUUUCAGAAUAAUACAUGGCAAAUUUCUUAUUGUCUGUUGAACUAUGCUAACCACUUUUUUUAAUAUAAAUGCUGUUCAUUCCUUUUCAUUGGAAAUAAUAAAGGCUGUUCCCCAUACCAACAGGUGUCAUUUACUAGAUAAUAGAAUGAAGUGGCCUAUUUUAAAACUAGAGGGAAUUAGAAUACUAAAAUGCAUGAAGGAGUAUAUGCAGGAGAAAAUUUAGUUUUAUGAUGCAUUGUGAAAAGCUUCAGAUUUGACUGUAUAAAUAUCAAUGGUAGCUUUUCUU